AUGAAGUUAAAAAGGGCAGUGGCCAUUUUAGGCUCUUGUAUGAUAAUAUUAGUGAUAUUUAUGAUAUAUUCUGCUAAAGACCUUAGUGGAUUUCCUAGUAGAAAAUCUUCCAUUUUGCAAGAUUUUCAGGAUAAUAAAUUGCUGCAUUUUGAGGAUAAAAUAAAGCAGCUAGAAGUUAAUUUGAACAAACACCAAGAUGAUGUCUAUGAAAUAAAAGCAGCAAUGAAGAAUAUUUUGCGUCCGCCUGCCAAUGUCAAUUCACAGAUGAACAGGCAUGUGCCUUCAAAUUUGGACGUCCCAAGAACAAAUUAUUUGGCUAUAUCUGAAGUUAGAUACAAUAGCAGCUGUUCUAUUCAAGUCAAGGUUGCUCCCAGAACGGAUGUGCAAAUGUUGGAAUUGUAUAAAGUGUUGAAUUUUGAUAAUCCUGACGGUGGGGUUUGGAAACAAGGGUGGAGAAUUGAGGUGGAUGAGAAAGAUUGGAAUAGACAUAAUAAAUUGAAGGUGUUUGUUGUACCCCAUUCCCACAACGAUCCAGGCUGGAUCAAGACCGUCGAAGAGUAUUAUGCGACUCAGACAAAGCAUAUCUUAGAUAACAUGCUGAACAAGUUACCAGAAGAUCCUAGGAGAAAGUUCAUAUGGGCGGAAAUAUCCUAUUUUUCCAUGUGGUGGGCUGAUCUCGAUGAGGAUGACAGGGAAAAAGUCAAAAGGUUACUAAAAAAUAAUCAACUCGAGAUAGUGACCGGUGGAUGGGUGAUGAACGAUGAAGCGAACUCCCAUUGGAUGUCGAUAAUGUACCAACUGACAGAAGGUCAUCAAUGGCUUCAGAAGAACCUGAAUUACACCCCUGUGAGUCACUGGUCUAUUGAUGCUUUCGGAUUGAGUCUGACGCAGCCUGUGCUGCUCAAAAAUAUGGGCUUGCAGAAUAUGUUGAUACAGAGAGUUCACUAUUCGGUUAAAAAACAUUUGGCCAGUCAACGGCAGUUGGAAUUCAGAUGGAGGCAAUUGUGGGAUGGCACCGGUAAUACGGAUAUGUUUACACACAUGAUGCCUUUCUAUUCGUACGAUGUCCCGCACACAUGUGGACCAGAUCCAAAAAUAUGUUGUCAGUUUGACUUCAAAAGACUGCAAAACCACGGAUUUCAUUGCCCUUGGAGAGUGCCACCUCAGGUGAUAACAGAUCAUAAUGUAGCUGAAAGAGCCCAACUUCUACUAGACCAGUACAGAAAAAAGUCGAAACUGUUCAAGACCAAUGUUGUUCUGGCACCAUUAGGAGAUGAUUUCAGAUAUGACCAUCCCACUGAGUGGGAUGUACAAUACAGCAACUACCAAAGGUUAUUCGAUUAUCUGAAUUCGAAUUUGCAGUUGAAUGUGAAGGCUCAAUUCGGUACACUGUCCGAUUAUUUUGCUGAAGUACGAAAAGAAAAGGAAAUGGCUGAUUUUCCUGUAUUGUCCGGUGACUUUUUCACUUAUGCUGAUAGAGAUGAUCAUUAUUGGAGCGGAUAUUAUACAUCUAGACCUUUUUAUAAACGAAUGGACAGAAUUUUGCUGUCAUACGUUAGAGCUGCUGAAUCCAUUCUAGCCUUGACACAUCUGAAUUCAAACAAAAUUUCUUCUUGGCUUAAGGAUAGUAAAAAUGGACUUGAAACAAUUCUCACCAAUGCUCGACAAUCUCUUUCCCUAUUUCAGCACCAUGAUGGUAUUACUGGCACAGCCAAAGAUCAUGUCGUCAUAGACUAUGCAAGAAAGAUGCUCAGAGCUAUCAGUGGUUGUCAGAAGGUAAUUCAACUUUGUACGCACAUCAUGCUGAAUGGUGUGGAUAACGAGUUGCCGAACAAAGAUACGAGUUAUUACAAUGUGGAUGACGUCAGACAUUCUCAUGAUGCCCUGCCGGAACAUUAUCAAAUAACUAUCGGUGUUCCGGAAAUGACUACGAAGAAAGUGGCCAUUUACAAUUCUCUCACUUCUGCAAGGCACGAAGUGGUCACUUUCCAUGUGUCAACGCCGUUUAUUGAGGUGACUGAUUUUCAUGGAAAACGAAUAAUAUGUCAGGUUUCGCCAAUCUUUGAACAUGCUUCUUCAAUGUCAUUGACUAAAUAUAGAUUGUCAUUUGUAGUUGACAUACCUCCCCUUGCUGUUGUCAGUUACAAAGUGAAAGCAUUGUUUGAAUCAGAGGUUCCAAGGGAAACUGUGUACUCCAAUGUAAAAAUCUUCAACCAUUAUGGAGUGAUUCAGUCUCCGAAUGGUUUUCAGCCAGAGGUAUCGGCCAGUUCGAGUGAAUUCACAUUACACAAUGAGAUAUUAACUGCUUCAUUCAGUUCCAUUGGUUUGUUGAAAUCAUUGAGAGUUGGCACUACGACAGUUCCCGUUCAUUUGGAUUUUGCAAGAUAUGGAGUGAGGAUGAAAGCAAAUUCUGAAAGAAGUGGUGCCUAUUUGUUCUUACCAGACGGAGAAGCUGUGCCGAUUCAAACUGAAAAUGUGAUAGUAAACUUAAUUGAAGGUCCAGUGUUAUCAUCAGUUUUUGUGCAGCUACCGUACGUUCAGCAUUCUGUAUCAAUUUAUAAUUCAACAGGUGCGGACAGUCUUGGAAUAGAAAUUGAGAAUACUGUUGAUAUUGAGAAAACCAAUAAUUUUGAAUUAGUUAUGAGGUUAUCAACGAAUAUUAACAGUUUUGAUGAAUUUUUCACAGAUGUCAAUGGUUAUCAAAUUAUGAGGCGGAAAUGUUUCAAAAAACUUCCCCUGCAAGCCAACUACUAUCCCAUGCCCGCGACGGCUUACAUCGAAGACAAAAACAUGCGCCUGACUGUCACUUCGAGCAGCCCUUUAGGUUGCAGUUCCUUGUCGGCCGGGCAAAUAGAGGUUAUGUUGGAUCGGCGACUCAGUCAAGAUGACAACUUGGGUCUCGGCCAAGGGGUAUUCGACAAUCAUCCUACCAGACACAACUUUAGGAUACUGCUGGAGAAAAAAAAUCCAAGCUGUCAGGCAGCUACAGAAAACCAUCCAGCAGGUUUUCCAACCGUAUCUGCUCACGUGGCCUCGCAAAGCUUGCUUAACCCACUCAUAAGGAUGAUCAAAUGCGAUGAUGAUGAUGACGAUAAUACCAUGGAAGGCGUUUAUACGUCUACAAAAGAAGAAGUGGGUGUAGAUAUACUGAUGCCGUCUCUCAGAAGUAAUAUUCACGUUAAAGGCAGCAGCCAUCUUGGAGCGGUUAUCUAUCGGCAAUUUCUGGACGUCUGUUUUGCUGACGAGAGUGUACUUCAACGGUUUCCUUUAAGCGAUGGAACGUUGAAUAUCAGCAGUUUGCUGCCAUUAGAUGCAAAGAAGAAAGUCUAUGAAACUGCGUUGUCAUUCACUUCAGUUAGGAAGGAGAUAAAUUGGAGAGAAAAUUUGCAAUUAUGUCCUAUGGACAUGCGAGCAUAUAUAUUUUCAGAAAAUACAUGA